GAGAGCCUGCCCACGAGCGCCUCCCUCUACACGCACAUGACGGCCGGGGCGGUGGCCGGCAUCUUGGAGCACACGGUCAUGUAUCCCGUGGACUCCGUCAAGACUCGGAUGCAGAGCUUACAACCUGAUCCCAAAGCUCAGUACCGAACUGUCUUUGAGGCCUUGAGGAAGAUCGUCCGUACGGAGGGCAUCUGGCGGCCUCUGCGAGGAAUCAACGUCACUGUCCUUGGAGCUGGCCCGGCCCACGCGUUGUACUUUGCCUGCUAUGAAAAAAUGAAACGCACUUUAAGUGACAUUAUUCAACAUGGAGGGAACAGCCACCUGGCCAACGGCAUGGCUGGAAGUAUGGCGACGCUCCUCCACGAUGGUGUCAUGAAUCCAGCAGAAGUGGUGAAGCAGCGCAUGCAGAUGUACAAUUCUCCACAUAAGACAGUCAUGGAGUGCAUCAGGACAGUGCAUCGGACUGAAGGCUUGGGCGCCUUUUACCGUAGCUACACCACCCAGCUCACCAUGAAUGUCCCUUUCCAAGCCAUCCACUUUAUCACCUAUGAGUUCAUGCAGGAGCAGAUUAAUCCCCAGCGACAAUACAACCCUCGCUCGCACAUUGUUUCGGGGGCUGUGGCAGGAGCAGUGGCAGCAGCAGCUACGACCCCCUUAGACGUCUGCAAGACCUUGCUCAACACUCAGGAGAACAUGGUGUUGAGUUCUGUGAAUAUUAGUGGGCACCUCUCUGGCAUGGCCAACGCCUUUAGAACAGUGUAUCAACUGGGAGGUGUCCCUGGGUAUUUUAAGGGAGUCCAAGCCCGCGUGAUAUACCAGAUGCCUUCAACUGCCAUCGCGUGGUCUGUCUACGAAUUUUUCAAGUAUAUCCUUACCAAGCGCCAGUUGGAGAAAGGAGCUCCUUGUUGAUGGAUCAUCUGUAGCAACCGCAGUCUGGAAUCUCUGAGAAAGCUCUUGGCCUCUCUCUGUAUAAACUUCACCAGGUUCCUUCUGACAAUUUGUAAAAAAUGGCUGGUGGAUUCCUGACUGGAUUAUGUGUGUGUGUGUUUGUGUGUGCGCGCAAAACUCUCUGCUUUUGAGAUACUAGAGGAGGUGGUUCUCUACCCUUCCUUCCCCUGCUUUUGCUAAAUCAAAAUGUUUAUUCUUUUAGACACGUAUUUAUAGUUUUCUAGGGUGUGGAUAGCUGCGAUAAGAUUUGUACAAGUUUGUACUUACUUCCUCACUGGAACACUUAGGGGGUCUAACCUGGAGGGGGGUUGCAUAGGGGGAAGACGAAUGCUUGUGGCUUGGACUGCUCUUCCUUUUAUAAGCAAAAGGCAAGGCCUUUAAACUGAACAGAGUUCUAUAUAGAGACAUUAUGUGAUGGGUAAAAUAGAUGGAUAAUGUUUAUCCUUUAUUUUUAUAUUUUUUUUAAAGAAAAAAUUGUGCCAGGAUGAAUGUUUUGUGAAAUUGAAAGGGCUUUACUGUUUUGUUCUGUUGCGAGAAGCAUUUUCCUUCUAAAGUAGAUUGGCUCCAAGCACAUCUGGUCUGGUAUUAUAGUGGCUGUUAAUAUAUUUUUUUUUUCCUCCCAGUGUACUUGAAGGGAUUUCAGACCAGGGGUGUCUGUGUG